UUGGAUUCAUUAACCACUGCGCCAUGACGGGAACUCCAUCCCUCUUAUGCCUCAUUUGGUCCUUUCUUAUCUCCCCGAUCCUUGACACAGACGCUAUUAAUUUUUACUGUAUUUUAAGAAAUGAAACACGUUUUUGCAGGGUCAUAUUUCUGGGCACGGGAUACUGGUUCUUCUGGUCCAUUGUCUUGCUGAGUUUCUUUGGGAUCCUGACUGCCUACACAGCCUUGCUGUUGGUACUUGGAUUUUUGUUGUGUUGGGAAGGGAGAGAACUCUCCCUGCACUGGUGUCAUAAGAUCCUGAUUCUGCUAGUGCUUCUGACAUGCUCGUUUUUUUUCUGGAUUUUAUUCACUUACUGGAAAGACAGGUGGCUCACUGUUGGGCUGUCACUGCAGAUCUUCGCUCCCUACAUGCACCUGGGCAGCAUAUCUAUGAUGGUUCUGCUUUCGUGGCCUGUGGCCUUCUACGUGAUCCAUUUGGAAGGAGAAGCUAGAAUCCGAAGACACCAGAUGACAUUUUAUGAAAGAAAAAGAAAGAAGAGAUGUGCUGUGCUCACAAAGUUGAGAGCUCUACAAGUGGCUAUUGGAUUGCCCUUUUGUCUUAUCCUUUUGUCUCUCUAUUUGAUUCCAUUGGGGAUUUACUCUCCCUGCAUUCAGGAGAAGGAUGAAUUGGGACCUAAGCCGAGCUUCUUUGGACAUAGAGGUGCACCCAUGCUGGGGCCUGAGAAUACCAUGAUCUUUGAGAAAGCUGUUGAAGAAGGUGCCUUUGGGCUGGAGAGUGAUGUACACAUAAGUAAUGAUGAUGUGCCUUUUCUCAUGCAUGACAAUAACCUGAGAAGAACAACCAAUAUCAAGGAGGUCAAGCCAAAUGCCUCUUUCACACACCCUUCCUUAUUUGAUUGGAGUUUCCUGUCGACUCUGAAUGCAGGCAGAUGGUUUUCACAUUCACGGUUCAAGCCAUUUUACCACAUGAAACCCCUAUCAGAGGCUGAUAGAGAAAAAGCAGGAAAUCAGAAGAUUCCAAAACUAACUGAUUUAUUGCAACUUGCACAGAAGGAAAAAAAAUUUGUGAUAUUUGAUCUUAAUGGCCCUGCACCAAAACAUUUUCACAGAAGCUCAUACGUACGCCACGUAGUAAGAGUGAUCCUUGACUCUAGAAUUGAGCAACAUCUGAUUUUUUGGUUGCCACAUACUGAUAGGCAGUAUGUCAAGAAAAGAGCUCCUGGCUUUCAGCAAGUGAGCCAGUUGUUCUCAGUUGAACACCUUGCAAAAGAAAAUAUCAGUAGGGUAAAUGUUGACUACAAGAGGUUGUUCUACAAUGGAUUGAGAGAAUAUAAAGCAGCUAACAUCAGUAUCAACCUGUAUAUCAUCAAUGAACCUUGGCUCUUCUCACUGGCCUGGUGCUCCAGGAUUCAGUCAGUGACCACAGACAACAUUCAGGUCCUGAAUAAGAUCAAUCACCCUUACUACUUCAUGACACCAAAUUUCUACAUGUUCAUAUGGAUUCUCAUGGAUUGUGUUUCUGCAGUUUUUAUUGUUGCCAUAUUUUAUUUUCAUUGGUGGAGAAAGAGCAAAAAAGAAACAUUACUCAAAAGCAGCAGCACUGUCACAGGUAAAGUCAGAGGCCUAUCCCACCCUCAUAUGUUUCUUUAUUCCUGCUCGUUGCCUCCGGGACACAGUGCCUUCCUUAAUGUUUCUGAUAAUAGUUGA